GUCUACGCUUCGAACCUAAUGUAAACAACAGUGGAGUUUAGCAUUUCAAUGACCCUGUCACCUUUCUCGGUCGAGUGCUAAUUAUGGAAGAUCUGAACCACACCAAUAUAAAAACAAGAGAAUGCAUAUUGCCCUUUAUCCGACCGCCAAACUUAGUAACUAUAAAUGAAAACCUAUAAACAUGAUAAUCACUUAUUAGGCCCGAUUUACAUUACUGUUCUACACAUCGUACAGCAAUUUCAAAGUGUAAAGCGGGCCUUACUUUUCAUCUUGAAUCAUUCUAGUACCCUUUCUCAUUCAUCUUUUACUGUCUGGUCUAGGACAAUCUGGGGCCACAAAGGGCAUUUGCCCGACACAUGGCAGAGAGUGUAUCAUCAGGUCCGGCCACUGAACCACUUCUAGACAUGGACAUGUCCUCUGCGGAUAUGUCCUUUGAGAUGGACAGUGAUGAGAGUAAUCUCGACAGUGCCAGAAGUGGAGGAGAAAGUGAAAGAGGAGCCAGCAGAGGAGCAAGGGGAAGAGGUGCAAGAAGUGGCGCAAGGGGACGAGGGGCAAGGAGAGGAGGAAGAAGGCAAUACAACCCCCCACUAGCAUUGGUGGAGGAAAGGCACAGGGUCCAGAGACUAAGGGACGGCAGAGUCAAUAGAAUAAAGGAGCUAAUAGAUGAGAUGAGAGAGGAGGAGGCCAAGGCACUACUACUGAAGGUAGUUGAGAAGCAGCCUGCUGUCAUUUUCGACAUUGUUGAUGUUGGGGUGGAGAGGAGGCGUGCUGGCAGGGCUGCUGGAGCUGAGGGUGGAGGGGCUGGAGCUGAGGGUGGAGGGGCUGGAGCCGAGGGCGGUGGGGAUGGACCUGAAUGGUGCACAUGCCAUCAAUGUCAGGACAUGCCGACCGACCUUGAGAGGAAGUGUUGUGGUGGAGGGCCAAGGUCAUGCCUAUCUAGACUUCCAGACAUGGAUUUGUACAUUCUGGACAACGGUACCCUGAGGCAGGCCAAAAUGUACAGGAAGGACAUUCUGGCCUUGCAGGACGUCCAGGAGCCUGGGGAAGACAACAGAGAGUUCCGGCAUGCUGCCUACAGACAGUUUGUACUGUGGCAGUAUGGGCGCCUGGGAGAGGGCAAUAGAGUUGUGAUACCCAGUUGUUGUGUGUGGAGGAUCAGAAGCACUUUUCCUGACCCACAAGGCCAAUACAAAGGUUACCGACAAACCCGACUGUAAUAUCUACCUACCUACCCUACAAUAACAGAAAACUAUGACAAUCCCAUAAACGUUGAAGACUCCCCUGCAGACUCAUCUAUCCUGGACCUGUGCUCCAGGACCAGCACAUUGGUUGGGACUGGUGGCACUCUGGGCAGAAGACCGAGCCUCCUAGGAUCAGUCUCUGACAUUGGCUGCUUCCUGCUCAUUCCCUUUCCCAAGUCAAUCCUUUCAUCCAAGAUUUCUGACUGCAGGUCUGAGAUGUAUGUGUAUUUCUUUAGCUCCCUCGAAACGUAGAUAGACCACCUAUCUUUCUUCUUCUGGAAGCGUCUCUUGUACCUAAAGACAUAAACAGUGUACCUCAUUUCUAUGUCAGUUUUAAGGGGCCAACAUUGCAAAGUAAAUAAUAGAUGUUCUGCACAUAACUGCUUUAACCAUUGAGUCAGCGGAGUGACAUAGGCAAGAGAAAACAUAUUUACUUACUUGAUAUCCCCAUCUUUUGUCUUCCACACUGCCCUGUCUUUGUGCUCGUUGUAAUCUAGGGUUGCCAACUUGCAACGGGCUUCGUAGACUGGGGGGCUGAAACCAUACCUCUUUGAGGCAUACAUCAGGAUGUGGUUUUGGAACGACUCCAGAUCAGAGGUUGUUCUGUAAGUAUAAGUCAAAUAUUAGGUAACUUAGCAUGUGAGAGCAUAUGUGUUUGAGAGUGAGGUAUUUCAUGUGACUCUCUUUGUUGCGUAUGGAAAAGGGCAUAUCUUGCAUCAAGAUAUGCAAUCACUCUCACCGGAAGCGCAGGUACUUGUAAAUUGUCUUCAGCCAUCUCGGAUUCAUGAUGAUGGCGGUUAGCUUCUUGUGGGCUGGAGAACCAGGCACAAGCCAGGUUUUGGUCCGAGGGGUCUCCUCUGUGAUCGGGUCAUGGUCACAAGCUCCAAGAGCCCAUUGGUGUUCAUCACACACAUGGUGCAAGACACCAGUCCACAGUGCCUAGAAGCAAAUAAAACAACCCAUGAAUACUUGAAUUGAGUACAGUUACAGAUGAAAAUUAUACACAUGUAAAAGGUCAGCACAUCUUUAACUGCAUUUAGUAUACUAGUGAUAACCGAUUAUUAUUUUUUUAAUACUUGAAUCAGUGCUUGGAAGAUAGCAUUUCAUAUUGACUGUGAUGCAAGCUUUUUGCUGACAGCAUAUAGAAAUGUGCCAUGACAUUUGUUGUCAUUUAAGUCAAUUUGGCCCUUUUUUAGAUAUGUAUAAAAUUCAGUACUCACAAUGAAUUCCUUAUAGGUGUUCGCACGCUUACACACCCACCAGAAGUGGUUAAUGACGUCCCUUGUCCACUAGUUUAAGUCGGUGCAUGCCUUCUCUUGUCCAGCCUAGUGCAACAAAAGAAAAAGUAUCCCAAGUUACUUACUAAUCAGAAUAGCCAUUUUAAGGAUAGCUGUCUUUCUUGCUGUCUUUCUAGCUGUCACGUAUUUGCCCUUUCAACAUUUUAAGCAUGUAAAGGCUGCUUAGAUUGCUAUAAUGAAGAAGUGUCUAUGUCUGUCUGCUAGGUAUUAAAACUAUGAAUGAUGUAUGAUAUUCUUGUGAUGUAUACUUGCUGCCAAUAGUUUUUUCAUCAGGUUUUUUGCUCCGUGCCAGACAUCCAGUGAAUGGAAGAUGUCCUUCCUGCCAUACUUCCCCUUGUCAGCGUCUGUUUAUGAGAAAUAAAAAUAAU